UCUUGGGGACUACUGGUAGUAGCAGUUUCAGUGUUCUGUUUCGCGAGCCCACCCAGGACGACUCCACCGAUUCCUUCCUUGUUCCUCGCCCUCAUACCGUAACUACUAGCCCGCGCUCCCGGGCGCGCGCGCGUGCGGCCAUUGACCGGAUCCUUCUUUCAUUCUCCUUGGAGAGGGAUAGAGAGGGAAAGAGGAGGAGGCGCCAGCGCCAUGACCGGAGCGGAGGAGCAGGGGAGGACGCUCUUCGGCGUGCGCCUCACGGACCGGCCCAGGUGGCAGCAGUUCUUGAUCUGCGCCUCGGGCUUCUUCUUCGGCUACCUCGUCAAUGGCGUCUGCGAGGAAUACGUCUACAACAGGCUUCAGUUCAGCUAUGGGUGGUACUUCACGUUCGUGCAGGGGUUCGUGUACCUGGCCCUGAUACGCCUGCAGGGAUUCACGAUGAAGCAGAUGGUGAAUCCCUGGCGGACGUACGUGCGCCUCUCGGCCGUGCUCAUGGGCUCCAAUGGCCUCACCAAGGGCUCCCUCGCAUUCCUCAACUACCCUGCACAGAUCAUGUUCAAGUCAACCAAGGUUCUACCAGUGAUGAUAAUGGGGGCCUUUAUCCCCGGCUUGAGACGCAAAUACCCAUUCCAAGAGUAUGUAUCAGCCGUGAUGCUUGUCAUCGGCCUCAUACUCUUCACGCUCGCGGAUGCGCAGACAUCGCCUAAUUUUAGCAUGGUUGGCGUGGCCAUGGUGUCUGGGGCGCUCGUCAUGGAUGCCUUCCUUGGCAACCUGCAAGAAGCAAUCUUCAAGAUGAACCCAGACACGACCCAGAUGGAGAUGCUCUUCUGCUCCACUGUUGUUGGCCUUCCAUUCCUAGCGCUGCCAAUGGUGUUAACUGGGGAGCUCAUGACGGCAUGGACUUCAUGUUCCCAGCACCUGUACGUGUACGCGGUGCUGGUGUUCGAGGCGAUGGCCACGUUCGUCGGCCAGGUCUCCGUGCUCUCCCUCAUCGCACUUUUCGGCGCCGCAACCACCGCCAUGGUGACGACGGCGAGGAAAGCGGUGACGCUGCUGCUGUCCUACCUGAUCUUCACCAAGCCCCUGACGGAGCAGCACGUCACGGGGCUCCUCCUGAUUACCAUGGGUAUCGUGCUCAAGCUCCUGCCGGAGAACCAGGAAGGCGGUCCGCGCCGGCAGGCGAAGAAGGUGGAGCGCUCUUACGACGACGACAAGAAGCGGGUGAUCAGAGAAUUAGAGGAGGAAAAAACUGCCUUGGUAUAGUGCGACACUGACCCAAGCAAAACAAGGCCGGCUCGACGAACAACAAUGCCAAAAGAAAGCCAGCCCUAAGAAGGAUAGGAUACAAAAAGGAUAACAGGAAUCGAUAGUCUCUUUCUCCCUCCCGCUUUUCUCGUGUAAUGUGCAAAUACAAACUACUUUUUUCGCCCAAAAAAUCAGGCUUAUCUUGUAGGGAUAGGAGACUGAACAGACGCGAUUUCUCGUAUUGCGCAUAUAACUGCUAGUAUGUAACAUCAUCGCUGAGCCUGUUGUAGUUGAUGCAAUGGCUGGCAUCUUCCAUCUUCUUCUCUA